CCGCAACCAGUUGUUAUCAAUAAUGACGGUAUGAAUAAUACAAUGUUAAAAACAUCGGCCUAUCGGUACCGCCAGAGGACAGUCCUAUGUUUUGCUGGUAUAACACUUGUGGCCGGCAUUGUUGUGGUCAGCCUAUCGAUGAACUAUAUUAAUGGCCAUUAUAUCAGUGAAUAUCAUUUUUAUGAUAGAGAUACUAUCACCAAAUGGGAACUGGGAGUCCAUAUACCUGGUCUGGUCAUACAGUUUCUGGGUCUGUACGGCGCCCAUAAAGAGCACGAACAAGUAGUCGGUUGGUAUGGCCUACUGAUGGCACUGUUUGCCGGCCUGAGUAUAGUAUCGGCUAUUUGGUCCGAGUUUGCCGCCAACUGGUUGCUAACCGUACUGUAUUUGAUAUGCAGUUGUGUUAGCAUGGUCUAUUACUAUGAGAUGCGCCGAUUACGGCUAAAUCAAGCCAUUAGCCAGUUAUGGCAAACUACCGGUGCUGUUGGUGUUGGUGGUGUUAUACCGGUGCACACAACCAGCAAUAAUUUUGUCUAUACAAUACCGGCUGCGACAACAAUGGUCAGCAACAAUGUUAUCGGUGGACAGUCGGCUGUUAUAAUGCCGACAACUACUACCAGACAGUAUGUCGGCAAUCACGGGGGUGUCAUCCAAAUGAUUAGUCCGGUAUCGAUGAUACAGUCGACUGCUAUGAUGCCGAACACUAUUAACUCGGAUGUGUAUCAACACGGAGCUACCGGCGGUCAAGUUUAUCCGUUAAAUCCCGGAGCCAUUGUUGGUGGUGGUAGUAAUGGUGGCCAGUAUGCCGAACAGCCGCCCAGUUAUCAACAAUCGGAGACUAAUAAAUAA